GUCGUUUCACCGCCGUCUUACUUCUCACGCGGCUUGAAUUGUUUCACAGAAAAUGGUCAACUUUACUAUUGACGAGCUAUGGCAUCAGAUGACAAAGAAACACAAUAUCCGCAAUAUGUCAGUUAUUGCACACGUGGACCACGGCAAAUCCACCCUGACGGACUCUCUUGUGGCAGCUGCAGGUAUUAUCGCAACAGAAGCAGCAGGUGACACCCGUUUGACAGAUACUCGCCCAGAUGAACAAGAACGAUGUAUCACUAUCAAGUCAACUGGUAUUUCUUUGUACUUCCAUAUACCUGCAGAUGUGGACCUUCCCAAAGACUCGGAAGGAAGAGACUUCUUAAUCAAUUUGAUUGACUCUCCUGGGCACGUGGACUUUUCUUCUGAAGUCACUGCAGCACUUAGAGUAACCGACGGUGCUUUGGUGGUAGUUGACUGUGUUGAGGGAGUCUGCGUUCAAACAGAAACAGUGCUUCGUCAGGCUCUUACCGAACGCAUUAAACCUGUACUUGCAAUCAACAAACUGGAUCGUGCCUUCCUUGAAUUGCAGUUGGACUCAGAAGAUAUGUAUCAAAACUUCUUGAGGGUCAUUGAGAAUGCCAAUGUUAUCAUAAGCACUUAUCAAGAUGAAAAACUUGGUGACGUGCAGGUUUCUCCUGAAGCUGGAACUGUCGCUUUCUCUGCAGGUCUUCAUGGUUGGGCUUUCACGCUUCCUCGAAUGGCUCGCAUGUAUGCCAAAAAAUUAGGCAUAGAUGUGCAAAAGAUGACAGAAAGGUUAUGGGGAAAUAAUUAUUAUGACAAGGCUGGAAAGAAAUGGAUGAAAAGAGAACAGGCUGGAGCCGAAAGAGGAUUCAACGAGUUUGUUAUCAAACCAAUCAAGAAGAUAAUCGAUCUUGCAAUGUCAGAUAAGGUGGAGGAGCUUGACAAGCUCCUUCAAGGAUUGGGUAUCAAAUUGACUUCAGAAGAUAAGCAGUUACGUCAGAAGCAAUUGAUGAAAAGAGUUUUGCAAAAGUGGCUUCCAGCCGAUGGUGCACUUUUAGAAAUGAUGGUUAUGCAUUUGCCUUCUCCUGCAGUAGCUCAGAAAUACAGAGUUGAGAAUCUUUAUGAAGGUCCUAUGGAUGAUGCGGCAGCAACAGCCAUUCGUAAUUGUGAUCCUAAUGGUCCUUUGAUGGUCUAUAUUUCAAAGAUGGUUCCUGCCACAGACAAGGGAAGGUUUGUUGCUUUUGGACGAGUGUUUUCAGGAACUGUGAAGACAGGAAUGAAGGUCCGCAUACUUGGUCCAAACUAUGAACCAGGAACUAAGAAAGAUUUGUUCUCAAAGAGCAUUCAGAGAACUCUAUUGAUGAUGGGCAGAAAGACUGAAGCUGUCGAAUCAGUGCCUUGUGGAAAUACAGUUGGUUUGGUUGGACUUGAUCAAUAUUUGGUCAAAUCUGGUACGAUAACAGAUUUAGAGGAAGCUUUUCCUUUGAAAAAUAUGAAAUAUUCCGUUUCUCCUGUUGUACGUGUUGCCGUAGAACCGAAGAAUCCAAGUGACUUGCCGAAGCUGGUAGAGGGUCUCAAGAGACUUUCCAAGUCAGAUCCUUUGGUCGAAUGUAUUAUCGAAGAAUCCGGUGAGCAUAUUAUUGCUGGUGCUGGAGAAUUGCAUCUGGAGAUUUGUUUGAAGGAUCUUCAAGAGGAAUAUAUGAAUGGAGCUGAAAUCAGAGUAUCGCAACCGGUAGUUUCUUUCAGAGAAACUGUAGUAGGCCGACCUAAUCCAGAAGAAACGGCAGUUUGUUUGAGUAAAUCCCCUAACAAACACAAUCGUUUGUAUGUAUAUGCAGAACCACUACCAGAAGGACUUGCAGAGGCCAUUGAGGAAGGCAAAGUAGGUCCGAGAGACGAUCCCAAGCAACGAGCAAAGACGUUGAGAGAUGAAUUUGGUAUGGAUGAAGACGCUGCACGUAAGAUAUGGGCUUUUGGACCCGAAACUACGGGUCCCAAUUUGUUGAUGGACCGAACCAAGGCUGUUCAAUAUUUAAAUGAAAUCAAAGACUCUUGUAUAGCAGCAUUUCAACAUGCAGCGAAGGAAGGUGCCAUUUGCGAAGAGAAUAUGCGUAAUAUUUCCUUCAACUUUUUGGAUGUCACACUUCACUCCGAUGCUAUUCAUCGUGGUGGUGGUCAAAUCAUUCCGACUGCAAGGAGAUGUUACUAUGGUGCCCAAUUGAUGGCAGAGCCAAGAUUAUUGGAACCUGUUUAUCUGGUCGAAAUUCAAUGCCCAGAACAAGCAGUUGGUGCUAUUUAUGGUGUUUUGAAUAGGAAGAGAGGGCAUGUCUUUGAGGAAGCUCAGAGACCGGGAACUCCGUUGUUCAAUGUCAAAGCAUAUCUUCCUGUUUCCGAGUCGUUUGGGUUUACUGCUGAUUUACGUUCUGCAACUUCGGGACAAGCGUUUCCUCAGUGUGUGUUUGAUCAUUGGCAACUGGUUAAUGGCGACCCUCGGGAUCCAGCAGAGAAAGUAUCUGAAAUUGUGAAAGGCAUUCGAAAGCGAAAGGGCUUGAAGGAAGAAAUUCCCGGUAUUGAUAAUUACUUUGAUAAACUAUAAAUCUGUCAUCGGUAUAAUGGUUUAUCAUCGCAGUUAGUAGUAUAAUGAGUGUGGUUUUUUGUCAUCUUUGUAUGUUCCAGAUUAAACGAGGAAAUAUUCUUGAUUGACUUUCUGGUUACAAUUCAAAGAGAAACCUUGAUGAUAAAGGCCUUCGAAUGUUGCUUUACAUAUUUACACCAGAAUUUUAGGAAGUUUGACCAAUCCCUAAGAGUUGGCAUUUUGCUGUCGUAUGGUCACAUGACUCUCAACAAUGGCCAAUCGUCAUUAUUUACUACAACAAUAUUAUUCUCCUAUAAUCGAGCUUUUAAAAAAAAUGCUCUCGUUUUGGCGCCAAUGACAAGAUACUUAAAAAGCCUCUUUCAAAAAAACCUCACUUUUGUCGUUUAUCAAAUGUUUAGCCACAAUAUCCUACAAGCGCGAGGAAAAUUAAAGAAAAUCCUAAUAAC